GAAGUCCCGAUGACAACCUUGGGGUGAACGUGGUAAUGCCUUUCCGCUAUUUGCAUUUCGUAGUGUACGUGCUAUGUAUUUCGCCAUCACGUAAUACUGAAUCAUAUACCGAAAAAGUGGGCAUAGAAAAAUUAGUGACCUGCAUCACUAAUUUGUAUUUUGAUGCAGUUCGAAAUGAAGCCUGAUAUAUUACUGCCUUUUUCAUUCUACCGUAAGAACCAGCUUUGUGUAUUUCAAGUUGUUGUCGUAAACUGCAAAUUUCCUGCUGUCGUCGGGGUUUCGUCCUCAGACAAUGUUGAGAUCUCUGAUGAGAUGUUAUCCAAGUUCGGUCCAGACUUGCCUCGAAGAUUGACCGUUCAACUACCAACCCGAGUGAUUCCAGCCGAGUCAUUGAGACUACAGAUUAUGACUCCGAUGGACCCGGUUCUUUUGCCUCUUUUGGAAAAUAGUCUGCAUUACAGGUUGCAGAUGUCACACACCAUGGUUGGAACAAAGCAGACUAUUCGAGCGCUUGGAGAUUAUUUCAGUUUGCUAAUCGUCGAGGCCAUUUCAGUAUCUGGAGAAGCGUUCUCCAUUCAAAACACCAGGCAAACAAUUCUAAAGGAGGAUUAUGACUUUCAUCCACAUCUCAACGACCUAAGUUUUCCCUCUGAGUCAUUCAACAAUAGUGAUAAUCUUUGGUCAUGUGAACUUAUUCAGUCACUCACUGAUCAACCUGUUUUUAAAAUUGGUUCUUCUACCAAGUUGAUCUUGGUCCAAGCUGAAGCUCCACUUAAUUUGUCAUUUGGGUUUGGAGGCUCUGAGAUUUCCAAGUUGAUACCAAAAGGCAAUUACAUGAAUAGUUACUUGUUUGGUUUGGAUAUGGUUAGAGAUAUGAUUCUUGGCUAUCUCAGAAACUUCCUAUUAACAUGUGUUCAUGGAAAUGAAACUGUUUUUUCUUCCAAUAUAACGCCUGGGAUUAUCCUUUAUGGACUCCCUGGCUGUGGAAAACGUACAUUUCUUGAGGAUAUUGUCAAUGACCAAAUCCACUCAAUUUCAAUAAAUGGGUCCUCGUAUGAAAAGCCAGUAUUCGUUACACUUACAUCUAAAUUGGUCACCGAGUUAACUAAUAAAUCUCAUCAUCAUGGCUAUCGCUGGCUGACGAACAUGGUUGGGCAAUUAGAUGUCAGUAACAGAAACUGUAUUCCUGUAGUUAUUUUAUGGCCUAACAUCGACAAGUGGAUCGAUAACGAUGAAAAUAUAGAUACUAAUACUCAUUCUACAGCUGAUACGGAUGCUGAAUCAAAAAUGAUUCCCAAAAUUUUAGAAAGGUUUAUCGAAUCAAUCCAAUCGGUUAGCCAGAGUUUGGCUCACAGUCAAAAGUCAACAUAUCGAUUUUGCAUCCUAGCAACAGCCACUACGAUUGACAAAGUUUUUAGUGUUCAUGAAUGCAGGGAACUAUUUUAUAGACGUUUGUUAAUAUCACUUCCCGAUGCAAGUAAACGUUAUCAGAUAUUGUAUCACAAUAUCCAAGCGUGUUUGAGUCAUGGGACUAAUUCCAUGUCUAGUAGUGAAUCUCCUGACGGUUCCAUUGUGAAUAUACAGUCGUGCGAGAUAACAGAUGAAAAUGAAAGUCUUAUUCAGGUUGCGGCUCGACUACAUGGUUAUACGCCCAAGGAUUUGGUUCGCUUGGUUCAUGUCAGCUACGCAACCUUCCUAUCCAAACAGAACGACAGUUCAAAGGAUUUUCCCAGAACCAGAAACUUUAAUCAAUCAUUGAAUUUGUUCUGUGAAAUUUUGAUAAAUGAAUCUUAUUCAUAUUUGCCGAUAAAUCUUUCUCAACAUAUAACCUCAGUGGAACCGUUAAGGUGGACUGAUAUUGGUGGAUAUCGUGAACUGAAGCUCAUAUUCAAAACUAUGAUACAGGAUCGUUUGGUUAGUGCUGCCAAACCCAAUAGCGCAGAUGCACUAGCGGACGCUGCUCUGCGUCUUCGUGUACCUCGUGGAAUAUUACUUCAUGGUCCUCCAGGUUGUUCCAAAACUAUGUUUGUGCGAGCUUUGGCUACUGAAUGUCAACUCCCGCUAAUCGCAGUUCAGGCAUCUAGAAUAUUUGGUCGUUAUGUUGGUGACAGUGAACGUAACAUGCGAAGAAUUCUUGUACAUGCUCGUGCUUCUGCUCCUGCUAUUUUAUUUAUUGAUGAAAUUGAUUUGUUGCUUCCUUCCCGAAAUUCAGGAGAAACAAGUGCAAGUGAACAUGUCUUAGGUGAAGUCCUAAUGGCUAUGGACGGAGUUGAAGGUCAAAAUGGACAAGUAAUUCUCGUAGCAGCAACUAACAGAAUGGAUAAUUUAGAUUCUGCAUUAAGUCGCGCUGGUCGUUUUGAUUUAGUCAUUGAAGUAUCACCACCUGAUGCAGAAGCUCGGACAGAUAUUCUACGUUUAGAAUUAUCAAAACGUGCACUAAAAGAUAAAUCAUUAUUAAAUUCUAAAUGGUUAAAUUUAUUCGCUACAAAUCAAUUGAAUAAUUAUACAGGAGCAGAAGUUGUCCAAGUAGUUCAACAUGCUGCUCAAAUUGCUCGUCAAGAUAAUUCCAAUCAAAUAUCUAAAAAACAUCUUCUACAUGCUCAAAUUCUUUUGCCUCCUCGUUCACUUUCAAAUUAUUUUUCUCAAAGUAAAAUAAUCAACAACCAGGUGACUAUGUCAACCAAUAAUAAUUUGUUACCAAUUCGUCAUAAAAUUUUAAUUUUUCCAGUUUUAAUUCUGUGUAUUGCUAUUACUUUUCAACUGGUUUAUAUCAACAAUAUAUCUAAAGUUAUAUGAAAAGAUGUACUUUAUUUCUGAAGAUAUUCAUAGUGUUUGAUCAACUCAGAUGUUGUUUUUUUCCCUGUGAUUACACGGGUGUCAUAUUCUCUUUUUCUAAUAUUUUGAAAUAUAUUUGUACAUUUUUAUUAUAGAACAAUAACGCUAUGAGAAUUCUGCCAUAUAUUCCUAUUAUGUACUACAAGUAUAGAAAAAUGACUUGUUCAUUCUUUUUUUUUUACAAAAUUUUAUCUGUAUGGUUUGUCUGCAAUCAACUUAUUUUGAAGUCGAUCCUUUAGAGAGUGCUGCAAAAAUGUACAUAUCAAUGAAUUAGCUACGUACAAGUGUAUAUCCAUUUUAGAAAGCAAU